AUGGCAGAACUCGGGGCUGGUGCUAUCGGGGCCUUGACCACGGUCGGGGCAGUUGCUCUCAACUCUUCGCUAGGCUUCAGCGCCCGGCAUGACAACGCGUACGACACUCACAUCGACCAGACCAGCCGCCUGGUUGAUCACUUUGAGAAGGCCUAUAGACAAGACUCUCUGCAAGAUGAGGAGUACGAAGCUUAUAUCAUGAAGAAACAUCUCGCUCAAGAGAAAGCAAAAGAGUACUUCGAGAGUAUUGAAAAAUUCAAAUGCAUCAGCUGCUUCAGGGUGCCCGCCAAGGUGAAGCAGAAAUACGUGGUCAGGCAGAAGAAGAGAGAGGUGCGGAGGGUCAUCAGGGAAUUAAGAGAUUUAUACGAGAAUCUCAUUACAGCCACCAAAGCUUCGGACAGUUCCUCAAUUACCGCGACGUCAGGCUCGCCACCUGGCUGUGCCCUCGGCCAAUUCAAGAUAUGGGAAUGGGCAGAGAACAUAGGCGCUGUUCAGGAAGAUGACGGGGGAGACGCCGAGUUUAGGACAUUCUACAGUAUCGACGGCCAUGACGAUUUGCCAGGUGCAUCGGAUGAGCCUAUGGGCUAUCCGCUGUCCCCGGCUCAGUCAAUUCGCACGCUUUACGAUGAUAUUUAA